AUCAGUUUACUAAUUUGAGUUAUAAUGAACCAUCAAAAUUUGUUAUGGUAUCUAAACAACUUGUAAUCUGUGUAUACAGGCUUCUUAUCGCGUUGAUUAAGCAGAAAGAAGUAAACAUACGAUGAAAAAUGGACCUACGAUCCAGUGGUUACCAAGAUAACUGUUGCACAAAUGCUGAAAAACCCACUUAGCCACUCAAGCACUCGUCGAAACGAAAGAGCGAAGUUUACAAAGUUUGAUGACCGUUUUCACUUUUAUUUAUUGAGUGACACCGGCCGUUUGGAGCUCAGUCAACAAUAAGUUCUCUUGGCGCGCAGUUCGCAGUUGUCUUUCCGUAUAUCACAUCAUAAUGACCACAUCCGUUAUCCCCACUACCGUUAAUCCCGACCUGCAAAAGGAACGCGAUGGAGCGAGUCUUAGCAGUGAAGAAUUCGCGGCCUGGUGGGCUGGAGGCGAGGAGACUCUAAAGUUCAACCGCGGCGUUCGUAGUUACCUGCAAAAGGAUGUGGAUGUGCUGGAGAUGCUGCAACUGCAGAACAAGUCGCAUGAGGAGAUCAUCGAGUUUUCCGUUAAGGGAGCCAUUGAGGCGGCUAAAAAACUGAGACGCCUGCAGGAGGAGCGUAAUCCUGGCGGAGUCGAUUACUGGCCAAAACUGUACGACCACCAAGUGAUGUGGGGUCUCGUUCCCGGUGGUAAUCCCUUUGGCGUAAUGUAUGUGAUGCUGGUGAAAGCUCUUCAGGCUCAAUGCACUCCGGAGCAGUACGAAGACUUUGGUAAGCGGCUGGAACGCUUCGAGAUUUGCGGCACAUAUGCCCAAACGGAACUGGGCCAUGGAACCUACCUGCGCGGACUGGAAACCCGGGCUGACUUCGAUCCCAAGACAGAUGAAUUUGUACUCAACACCCCCAAGAUUUCCUCCUACAAGUGGUGGCCUGGAGGCUUGGGUCACAGUUCCAACUAUUGUCUGGUGAUGGCUCAGCUGUAUAUCGACAACAAGUCAAAGGGCCCGCAUAUGUUCUUUAUACAGGUGCGCGAUGAGGAAACCCACGAACCACUGCCUGGCGUCCACAUCGGUGACAUUGGCAAGAAGAUGGGUUUCAUUGGGGUCAAUAAUGGCUUUCUGGGCCUGAAGGAUGUGAGGAUUCCACGGACUCGCAUGCUGAUGCGACAUGCCAAGGUCAACGCUGAUGGAUCCUAUGUUAGUAGUCCUACGAAUGUGCUGACCUACUUUGCCAUGGUGCGCACGCGCUGUGUAAUCGCCUACAAUAAUGCGAUGAUGUUGGCAGUGGCUUCCACUAUUGCCACUAGAUACUCAGCUGUUCGUCGCCAAAGUCCCAUAAAUCCCAAGGAACGCGAGCCCCAGAUCAUGGAUCACGUUACGCAGCAAAUGAAGCUUUUCCCGGAGAUUGCCACCAGCUUGGCCCACCGGCUGGCCAGUGACUAUCUGUGGAACCUGUACGAUGUGACCAUUAAGGAUAUAGAAAAUGGAAAGUACGAGCGCCUGCCGGAGCUGCAUUCCCUGUCCUGCGCUUUAAAAGUUACGUGCUCAAUGGAUUCCGCCGUUGGCGUGGAGAGAUUGCGUUUGGCAUGUGGAGGACACGGAUACCUCAUCUCGUCCAACAUGAGCAAUAUUUACGUCAAUGCCACUGCAGCCUGCACUUACGAGGGCGAGAACACAGUGCUGCUCUUGCAGAUCGGUCGCUUUUUGAUGAAAACCUGGCGAUCGGCGCUGAGUGGAGCUCCGUUGGCACCCACCGUUCGCUAUCUGGCCGAGGUGCAGAAGAAUCCGGACUUCGGCAAAUGGUCAGGCAGCUGGGAGAACAUGGUGAAGGCCAUGCAGUAUGCAGCCGCCAAUAAGACACGCUUGGCUUUCAAGAGCCUUUCCAACCGUCUGUCUAGGGGCGAAACCGAGGAGAAUGCGGCUAAUCAUACGGGCAUUGAGUUAACCCAGGCAGCCGAGCUCCAUGGACGCGCCUUUGUUUUUGCCUCUUUCACCGCUGAGGUAACUGGUCCCAAAUCUAAAACCCGCUCGGCGUCGCUUAAUCGAGUCCUGGAAAACCUUUUGGAGCUUUACCUUGUCAAGGAGACUCUUAAUCAAAUGAGCCACAUACUCAGGUUCAUUGAAUUGACUGAUACGGAUCUCACGCGGCUGCAGGAACGUUUGGAAUCCGUGCUUACUAAACUGCGACCCGACGCUGUGGCUAUUGUGGAUGGCUUCGACUUCAGUGAUCUUCAACUGAACUCGACUUUGGGCUCUUACGAUGGCAAUGCCUAUGAGCGUAUCUUUGAUGCGGCCCUCAAAAAUCCGAUGAACCAGAAAUCGGUGCCAAAGUCCUUCAAUGAACUCCUUAAACCCUUCAUGAAGUCCAACAUCUAGGGCAAAUCACAUUUUUAUAUCUAUUCUAAUCAAAUUUUAUCUAUUGGUGAUUUACGUGUUCAUAACAUGUUUUGUUAUUAUUUAUGUAAAUAUUCUUCUUUAAUAACAUGGUUUGUUGUUAUUUAUGUAAAUAUUGCUCUUUUAUAAUAUAGUCUCAAUAUAUGCCACUCUUUCACUGAACUCUUUGCUAAGCAUUAAAGUUUACUCUUAUUUUA